AUGAAGUUGAAGCAGAGAGAGAUGAGGUUGGAGAUGGAGAUGAAGCUGAAGCUGAAGAUAAACAAACUGGUAGGUGAGAGAAGAAAGAAAGAAAACAAAAGAGGGAGAGAGAAAGCAGACGUCUUUCCUUUUAUACCCUUCUCGGCGUGGGCAGUGGCAGGGGCCGGCGAGACAGGCAUCAACCUGCUAGAACAUCCCUCUCAGAUAGCAGCACUCAUUGAUCACAGCAGAUUACCUUCUUUCUCUUUCUGCAUAUAUCUACCUCUGUCGAGGCUAUGA